UUAUUGCUAGUAUGAUUAUCAAUUUUGAAAUUAAUUUUGAUUAUCAAUUUGCGCAUGCGUUUAGAUCGCGGUCUAGAUUCGAGGCACUAAACACGUCAUGUGAUGCAACAGCCACGCCCAUUUUAUUCGAGUGAGCUGGCCACGCCCUUCUAUGGACUGAUCGCCGGAUCGAUCUCUAGUUCUACACAAGAUGGGAGGUUUCUUUAGCCGUAGAAGGAGAACAGCGGAGGCUGAUGAUGCUCCUAGAGGCCCCAGUAGAGUCAGUGAGCAGGACAAGGCUGUACUGGAGCUUAAGAAGCAGAGAGACAGUUUGAGAAAGUACCAGAAACGGAUCAACACUCAGAUGGAGAAGGAGAGGGAAAUGGCUAAACAGUUCCUAAGAGAUGGCAAGAAAGAAAAAGCAAAGCUCCUGUUGAAGAAGAAACGCUACCUAGAGUCCCUACUGGAGAAGACAGACCAGCAACUGGAGAACCUCCAACAAAUGGUGGACACCAUCGAGUUUGCACAGAUUGAGAUGAAAGUUGUGGAGGGCCUUAAAACGGGUAACGAGUGUUUGGAGCAGAUGCACAAGAUUAUGUCCGUCGAGGAUGUGGAGCAAGUCAUGUCCGACACCCAGGAGGCUAUAGAAUACCAGAGGGAAAUUGAUGAGCUGCUGGGACAGAACCUCACACAAGAAGACGAGGACGCCAUUGCCGAGGAGCUGGAGAGUAUUAUACAGGCUAGUCUACAGACUAGUCUACCAGAGGUUGGCUCUAAACCACUGGAUACAGAGGAUGACAUCAUCGAUGAAUUGCCUGAGGUGCCCACGACAGACCCAACAUUAGCUGAGGAAGGAGAGACGGCUACUAAACAGAAGAGACAAGCAGUUCCAGCCUAACAUUCAUGUUUGUAAUAGGACAGUUAAUUAAUAGUGUAUUAAUUUUUGUUGUCAAUCGUGUGUUGAUAUUAUUACAAUUAUCA